UGCCUUCACAGACCCUCCUACCUCCCUUCCCUGGCUGAAAAACAGGGUAUCUCAGGGCUUUGUGUGCAUCUUUCCCACCGUCUCCACCCUGUCCCAGCUGCUGGAGACUGCUCACAGCUGGCCAGGCGCGGCGGGAUGGGACUUGGGGAGGGGAAGCCUCUAUCAGCACCCACACCCUGUGUCUCCUCCUUUGGCUUUGAUCCUGGAGCAAAUCUCCCAGCUUGGAGCUAGAUCGGCUCUUACACCCAAGCAUGCUCCCAGGGCUGGAGGGAGCUGUGAAUUUUGCAAGAGCUGCCUGUGGGGAUGUUCUCAGCAGAGCCCUCUUGGGGAGGGCUGGGGCAUGGAUGCUGCUGGAGCAGGAUCUGCCUGCAUUGAGGGUGUGAUCCCAUGUAGGGAGGGGGCAUUGUGGUGUACAGGAAAGAGGAGCUUUGCUCAUGUCCAGAAUCUGCCACACUGGGCAGGGACCCCUGAAGGUGGCAUGAAUAGCCAAGUGUCAUCUAUGUCUUACCACAGCUGUCUGUCCCUGCAAUUCUGGACAAUCUUCUGCACCUCCCUGCGGCCAGCAGUGCCCUGCUCAGCCAGGCAUCUCCUCCUUGGGCCUUGCCUAUGGGAGGUGGGCUCUUGCCUUGCCCUGGGAGUGCGAGCCGUGGGCAUCAGAGGAGCUGGGGAUCUGCUUGAGAAGACUGGGCUGAAUUCAUUAUGGCUGUGGCUGCAGCUGCUUGGUGACAAAUAGCAGCCACAGACAGAGACAGGGACAGGGGGGACAGUCUACCCAGUUCACCUCCAGACAUGCUACCCUUAUCAUCGGGAAGCUGAGGCAGAGAUAAGAGCAGUUCGCUUCGAGUCCAGCCAAGGCAGCCGUGAGCCAGGGAUAUGGCAGAGGCUCCAUGAGGAGGGCGAUGGGAGCAGAUGCUGCAUAUCAGAGCGGGGGAUGCAUCCUCAGCCCCUGGCUGCUGCUCCCCCUGCCCAUUGCUACCCCCCAAGCAAGCCCCUCUGAUGGGUUCUGAGCCCCUUCUCAGCCUUGCGGCAUUUCCUUCAUUCCCCAGAGCUGCAGGAUGGGGGCACUGGGAGAGCCAGAGUGCCCUCCUCGCCUUGCACAGCCCCUCAUGGCUUGUCCCUGUCCCUCGGAUGCUCUUCCUGGAUGUGGCUGGGUUGCUGGGACAGCAGGAAGGCUGGGAUGGGAUGGCUGGCAUGCUGCGGCACCCUGCUGACUGCUGCCAGCUGCUGGGAGCUGGUUCCUCAGGAAGCAGCCGUCGGGGAGAGCAUCCUCUCAUCACCACCCGGAAAGCCCAGCACAGAUCACAAACUCCUCCAUCCCUCCAGGAAUGUGAGUGUUCCUGCUGGAAUCAUCCUGUGCAAGCAGCAUUUCAUGGACAAAUCUCUGUGGUGAGGCCACAGCAGAGCUGUCAGGCGCUGGCUUUGAGGUGGGGAAGAUGGGGAUGACACUUUUAUGGCUCCCAUUCAGCCAAAUGCUCAGCCAGCCCUAGGCACGUGCCCUAAACAUGUGCUCCCAGGUCAGAGCUUCCCUGUCACUGCACAGCUUUGCUCAACCUGAAACCUGUGGUCACACCCAGGGUACAUCUCUGGGAAUAGAAAACAAAAAGAGGAUGAGAGAAGGAAGGGAAGGAAUGAAGGAGACUCCUUCUUCCUCAGGGUCUGCUGGUGCCAGAUCCUUCCUCACGCCUCUGCUCCCUAGGAGGAGAUGGAGAAAUCACUGGCCACGACCAGACAAGAGUGGCUUAAUGUGAGGCAGGAGUUGUUGCUGAAAAGAGGUGCCAGGAGGCACCCCUGUCCCCUUCCCUCCUGCUGCUCCCCUCCUCAGGCCGGGCAGAGGAUGGCUGCUGGCAGGUGCUGUGGUGCAGGCAGUGCGGGACACUGUGGGGUUUGUUCCUCACUUCUGGAACAAUGGGAUAGCCAUGCCAGGGAGCAGCGUGCCCCAACAGGGCUGUCUGCUUUCUGCACAGCCCGGGGGCGGAGGGAACCAUCCCAACUGCUGGAUCACUGAAACAACUUGGGCAAGCAGCUGCAGCGGGGCACUGACGGCCAGGAUGCAGCUGGGACACCAUCCCAUCACCUCCUCCGGCCAAGUGGCAGGGCUGGGGGUAGCAGGGACCCUCGGCCAGGAUGCAGGCAGUGCAGUGGCCCCAUGCCGGAAGAUUUAAUUGUCCCUCCAUUGUGGGCAGGCGGGCAGGCGGCGCGCCCGGCCGUCACACUCCCGUGUCCCGGGGCAGCCCGGCUCCGCCGCGUCCCGCCUCGGGCAGCUCUGGCACGGCUGCGAUUGUGCAGGCAAAAGGAGAACAAGGAAGAGCAGUGCUUCCAGACCGUGGGUCCCGCAGCCAUCCCUGGUCGGGGCUUCCCACGGGGAGCACGGGCUGUGGUGCCGGCGCUGGCGGCAGAUAACGCCGUUUCCUCGCUGGCUGCUCGCUAUCAGCGCGGCGGCGACGGGCAGGCAGGAUCGCACCCAGAGCAAUCCGUGCUGGGCGCUGUCGGGAAGGGCUCCUGGCCCCCUUCACCCCGCAGCCAGCCUCGGGCCGUUUAUUUUUACACGGGUUGUUUUCUUUCCGGCUUGAAGCCAUCCUGCACGGCGGCAAGAGCUGGACCGGGGCCUCCACGCCUCAUUUCCUUGCCGUAAAAAAACAAAGUGGGGGGUGAAGCAGCGCACUGGACUGGGACAGCGGGUCGAUGGGUCAGGGCACACGCCGCAUCGUGGUUCCUCUGUUUGUCCCUUCUGUCUAUCCCCUGAGCGGCAUCCCCUGGCGGUGCCGCGGCCGUGCUGCCCUUCCUGAGGACUCGAUCUCCCUGGAGCUGUAUCUGCCUGACUGUGUGCCAGUGGGAGCUGGCAUGGAGGGCAUCACCCCAGUUUAGGGAUGAUGCCCCCACAGAUGGGUGCAACUGGGCACCCCAGAGUUUUUGCCCUCGUUUCUGUACCUCUGCUUUGUCCCCACAGCAUCAAGAAGACCCUGAAGAGGCUGAACCCUGCAGCUCAGCUGUCUCUGUUGAAUUCCAGAACUGGCAGACACUGGGCACAGAUCACUCCGUGCCACAGCCCACCUGUCCCAAGCUGCUUGUGCCUGUAGUGCUCCUGCCACAUGUGUGUUGGGCACCUCCUUUGUCUGGAGACUGUGGCCAGUCCCCUCCAGUGGGAUGUGGGACAAGGGAUGUCUCAUCUUCCCUGGCACUGUGACUUCACCAGAGCUUUGCUUGGGACAUCACAGGAUCCCAGCAGCCCCAACGGGCAAGUUUUUCCCCACUGCUCCCCCUUCCAAGCCGGGGGCAGUGCAGGCAGCUGGCACACUGCAGAUAAGGUGUGUGAACAGCGUGUGGGCAGAAUGUGGGCAGUGUGUGGACGCACAGUGAGGCCAUCACCCAGGCACGGUGGGCAGGGGGGGCUGGGGGCACCCACCCCAGCUCUGGGCUGCGAGCAGGGGGUUGGGAAAGGCGUGUGUUUCCCUUUAAGAGGCAGGCCCUGGAGCUGCUUCCUCUCAGCCUUGCAAGAGCCCUAAACACAGUGCAUCUGCCUGCAGCCUGCCCGCACGCCUGCCUGCAGCCUGCCCGCAACCAGCGUGAGUAGGGCUUGGCCCCAGUGCCGGGACUGGGGAGGGCUGGCACCGCGGGGCGAUGGGCACCCUGCUUGCCGCAAAGGGCAGGGGGGGAUGGCAUUGCCAUGGAGGGAGCCCGGCAUCACUGCAAUAGGUGCCAGGCAUCACUGUGCUGGUUGCUGCAGCACGACGCUCACGGCGCUGCAGCUGAGAGCACUGGCCACGCUGCACGUCACUGCAACGCUGGGUUCUGGGGGGGUCACCAGGCAUUGGGGUGCAGGGGGACCAGGGCUGAUGCCCUGCAGACCGAGGUGUGAAGCUGCCGUGCCUCGAGCCCACCCUGCGGCGCGUGGGCAGCACGUGGCGGUGUCCCCGCGGCUCCGGUGCCAGCAGCGCCGCGCGUCUGUGCCAGCUGCCGGGGCUGUGCCGGCGCUCCAGCGGGUGCACCCUGCGCCCCCGGGCACCGGCUCUGCUGGCCCCAGUGGGUGGCAAGUGUGGCUGCACCCCAUGGUGAGCAGAGGCACUGACUGCAGAAGAAAGUCUGGGAUUGAGCAACCUGCGGUGGGAGCAGCCUGUUUCACGCCCCCGACCCUGGAGAGCACCACCGAACCCCGUGUUGGACCCUUCCGGGUUGAGCAUCUGCUCUCCCACAGCCCCCUGGCCCUGGCCCGGGCUUGCUUCCCAGCCAUGCUGCUGCUCCCACUCCUCCUGAAGGUCACCCUGCUGCCCCUGGCCAGUGGCUCCUACCACCCCUUCUACAACGGCUUCUACUACAACCACAUCAUGAAUGACAAUGGCGAUGAGCAGGACAAAGUGGAUUACUUCAGCGGAUCCAAACUAGUGGUGGAAGCCUCCAAAGACCCUGUCUACAGCUACAAUGGUGCCAAUGUCACCCUGCCCUGCCACUACCGCUAUGAGCCUGACCUGGAACCCAAGCGCAAAAUCCGCAUCAAGUGGUCCAAGCUGAGGGACGACUACACCAAAGAGCAGGAUGUGAUGGUGGCCAUUGGCAAGACCUACGUGGCCUUUGGGGACUUCAAGGGCCGUGCCCACAUCCGUCAGGCUGGUGAGGCCAGCUGGCACGAGGCCUCGCUGGUCAUCAGCGAUGUGCGCUUGAAGGACGAUGGCAAAUACCGCUGCGAGGUCAUCGAUGGGCUGGAGGAUGAGAGCGAUGUUGUGGACCUCCGGCUGCAAGGCAUCGUGUUCCCCUACCAGCCUCCCCGCGGGCAGUACAGGCUCAAUUUCCACGAAGCCGAACAAGUGUGCCAGGACCAAGGUGCCAUCCUCGCCAACUUUAACCAGCUCUUCCAGGCGUGGAGCGAGGGGCUGGACUGGUGCAACGCGGGCUGGCUGGCCGAUGGCACGGUGCAGUACCCCAUCCGCCUGCCCCGCAAGCCCUGCGGGGGCGUGCACCUCGCCCCGGGCAUCCGCAGCUACGGCCCGCGGCACCGGCACCUCCACCGCUUUGAUGCCUUCUGCUUCUCCUCCGCCCUCAAAGGAGAGGUUUUCUACCUGGACCGCCUGGCUGGGAUGACGCUGGAGGAGGCCAAGCAGAGCUGCCAGGAUGCAGGGGCCGAGAUCGCCCGGGUGGGGCAGCUCUACUCCGCCUGGAAGUUCGUGGGGCUGGACCGCUGCAAUGCCGGCUGGCUGGCAGAUGGCAGUGUCCGCUACCCCAUUGUCACACCCCGGGCCAACUGUGGCCCCGCGGAACCCGGUGUCCGCAGCUUCGGCUUCCCCAGAAAGGGCAGGUUUGGAGUCUUCUGCUACAGAGAGAGAUAAGGAGCCGGGAGGGAUCCUUCUUGGACAAAGGAUGUUUCCAGCCUGCCAGUGCCCAGUGUCGGGCAUUUCCAAGGGCUGUUCUGGGGGUGACUGGGGGGAGGUGGGAUGGGGGGAGGUUUCUUUUUGUUUUGUUUUGUUUCCUUCCUUUAUAUUUUCCACAUCUUGCUCAGCAGCUGGCACUUGCAGCUGCUUGGGGUGGCUGCCAGCCGGGCAGCGUGGGACAAUCCCUGUGGUGGGAUGUGUUCAAGGAUGAUCCCCAUGGGCUACUGCUGCCACCCCACUUGGCCGUGCCACCCCAUGGGUGGUGACCCCUUCCUGUGGUGGCAGGCUGUCACUGACACACACCUGCCCUUCCAGGCUGGUCCUGCCUCCCAGCUCAUGAGGCAAGGCCACGAGGGAGCGAGGCAAGGCUGGAUUUGGCCAGAGCAGAGAGCAGGUAUCUCCAUUGCAUCCUGGCCCCUCUUCCAGCCCCAUCCAUGUCCCGCUGAAGGAUACCAUUGUGCCUAUCUCUGCUGGAGCACAAGUGCCUUAUCUCUAUGUGCCCCUUGCCUGAACUCCAUUUGAACUCUGGUGCCUUCUUCUCUGAGCAUUGGCUAUGAAAAGAUGUGUUUUUCUGGACAUCUUCUAAUAAAAUGGUGGAGAAAGCCCUGGAGUGA